AUGAGCGGUGCAAAAAGUAAAUCAUUAAUAUUUAUUGGACUGCUCUUCAACUGCCUAGAUGUGAUCUUUUCAACUAACACAGCUCCAGCCAUACCUGUCAUUGACCGAACCUAUUCAAAACUUAGAAGUGUCACAGUGGAACGGAGAGCAGUACCUGGGGCUACUGGUUACCUGCUGGCUGCACAAGAUGGAGAUUCCUCCAUGGAAACUGUAGUUACAAACUCUCCAGGCACAGUGACGGGGCUGAAACCUGCCACCUUGUACAGAAUCGCUAUCAGAUCUAUGGAUUCAUGAGGAAAAAGCCAGCCUUCACCUUUCAGAAAAGCAAAACCAGUCCUGGCUGCUCCAAUUUCCGUUACUUCUCUGAGUUGUGACUCCAUUGCGGUGAGCUAGAAAGCUGUGAAUAUGGCAGCUGGAUUCUCUGUGUCCCUCAUGAGAUCAGAUGGUUUGGGCAGAAUGCUGAAGGAGAACACCACCAAUACCUCCUUGACAUUUACAAAUCUAGAUCCAGGAACCCUCUCUACUAUCAAGACACAUGCCUGGAAUGUCAAUGGGAUACCUGGAAAUGAUUUGACAUAUAACCAAAGGACAAGUCCUAAUCCACCAGUGGAUGUUCAAGUAGCUUCUCAUAGUGGUGCUUUCAGAGCUGGUUCUUGGACACCAACAGAAGGAGCUCUAACUUAGAGUGUGACAGCCUCCAGUGGGCUCUUGAAACUGAAGCGUAACACAUCUUUUGCCUCCUGCAUGGUGCCAUCGCUCCAGUGUGGCUCUGAAUACUAUGUUUCUGUCACAGCAUAUGAUGAUGCUGGAUCCAGUAAACCUACUGAUCCAGUAAGAUUAAAAACUAGGAUGUCUUGUGCACCAGGAAAUACAUCAAUUGAAGAAGAUGAACCCAGCCACUUGUUGGUAUUGACCAAUUUUGGUCAUUAUUAUGUGGUUUUUGUGAAGAGUGAUGAUGGCUUGGAAGUGCACUGCAACACGACACUUACUCAAUGCCAUUUCCAGUCGGGCUGUGGCUUCGCUUAUUUCAUUAGCACCUGUGCAUAUGUCAAGGCCGGGCAGAGUCCUUUAGGUGACGUAUUCAAUUACACUGCUG